CAAGACCACCCUUACUCGCCUGAGGGGGAGGAGCUGAGGGCAUUGUUGGGUCAGGGGGCGCGCGCUAACCGCUGGGAUGGGAUGUGGUGGGUCCGUCACAACCCUCCGGUAGCCUCCGCCCGCAGCUCAGUGUCACCUCAAGCACCAAAGGGCGCGGCUGCCUUUUUUUCCGCCGCCGUCGUUUACUGCCGCCGCCGCCUCUUCUUCACCCACCCACCUAGCCCUCUCCGUAGUGGUAGCGUCCGACUCCCAGCUGACCGGCCUGGAAUCCCGGCUUCGAGUCCUGGCCUGGAUCCUCUUGCCUUGAGCUGCCCCUUCCCCUGCCCUGACCCUGAGCACCGGUGCCGCCGCCGCCGCCGCCGCCAUGGGAGACGCCGGCAGCGAGCGCAGCAAAGCCCCCAGCUUGCCGCCCCGUUGCCCCUGCGGGUUCUGGGGGUCCAGCAAGACAAUGAAUCUGUGUUCCAAAUGCUUUGCUGAAAAAAGAAAUCCACACAACGAAAAAGAUUUUCAAAAGAAGCAACCAGAUGAUGAGUCCACUCCCAGCACAAGUAACAGCCAAUCGGAUUUGUUCUCUGGAGAAACAAAUAGUGACAACAGUAAUACCUCUCUAUUGACACAGACUGUUAACUCCAACCAGCAACUUUCGACAGAACUGAAUGUAACUUCUUUGAGCAAAGAGGAAUGUGGGCCAUGCACAGAUACAGCUCAUGUUUCCUUAACCACAGCAACCAAAAGAUCUUGUGAUUCAGAGUCACAGGUGGAGAGCGAGCCUUCUCCUGAGAAGCGGCCACGGUUACUGGAGGACGGUCACGAUAGACCUGAAGAAAUCAGCCGUUCCAAACAGAAGAGCAGACGCAGGUGUUUCCAGUGCCAAACAAAAUUGGAACUGGUACAGCAAGAGCUGGGAUCAUGUCGCUGUGGUUAUGUGUUCUGUAUGUUGCAUCGCCUGCCUGAACAGCACGAUUGCACAUUUGACCACAUGGGACGCGGGCGUGAAGAAGCCAUUAUGAAAAUGGUGAAACUGGACCGGAAAGUUGGGCGAUCAUGCCAGCGCAUUGGCGAGGGCUGCUCCUGAGUGGCAAGACUCUUCAACCAAAUGCUGUUCUCUUAGUUCACUAAUGUUAGCCUUAUUUAGGACAAAGUCAGCCAGACACUUGUACUGGGCAAGUUUCAGACUACAGCCAAUCAAUUUCCUUUCUUUAGCCAACCAUCCUGGUACUGUAGUUUAGGAGUUAAAUGGUGAUCAACACUGAUUACUGGCUGGUUGUUAAGGUGCCUACUAGCCACUGUAUUAAAAAAAUGAAGACAUAUUUUUGAGCAUGGCUAGUGGAUUGUAACAAAAAUAUAAAGGCUUCUAUUAUUGCAGGAGUCAAGUUCUUACAAACAAACAAAAAGCCUUAUGUUGGGAAGUGUCCAGCAGCUGAGUAGAAACUGAUGUAAAAGACUGCUUAUGUGCAUACCACACUGGAAGAAACUACCCUUAUUAGCCUGGCUUUCCUGUCCUUACUAUUAGCUAACCUUGAAGAGGUGAAACUCGGCUUGAAACAAGCAGGGUGGUUGCUAAACCUAGAAGACCUAAACCCUUCCUUUUGCUAUUUCCACGCAUGUCUUCUAAGGUCAUGCAGCGCCACCAACAUCAGGAAAUCUCUUAGGGUAGGAACAGCUUUCUAGGAAGCCAAAAAGAGGGGACAGAUUCUUAUGACAACUUUUAUAUUAGAUGAAAAUAUCAGAUUACAGGGAAUUUAUUCCUUCACUAAGGUGGAGGAGGAAAUAUCUUACUUUAAAGUUAGUGCUAUUUUGGAACAAGCAGUAAACAGCGUGCAUUUUCUACACAGCAUCAACAACAUUUCUUAAGUGGUGUGAUCCAAUUCCAUAUGCCAACCAUAGUUUGUUGUUUCCCAUCAGCCAAAAUUUGAUUGGCUCUUGUUUGCCUUUUGCUAAGUGCAGGUAUCUGAUAAUUGAACAAAUAAGGCUAAUUCACAGCACGGUGGCCAUGCCUGGAUUCUACAGACUGACUUUCUGUAGCUAGACGUGUAUUGAGGGGUAAAGGACAUUUUGUAGCAAAUGGAAUUCAGUUAACAGUAUUGGGGGAACAACCAGGAAAAUCACCCUUUAUUGAACUGAGUUUGUACACCUCACUUCCAGUGUAUUAAGGAGAUAAUCAAAUGGGCUGUCCCAGCCUUGUGACUAUGCAGCUUGGUACUCAGUGAAAGUCUCUGCUCAUCAUCAGUUGCGAAGCAAGUGACUGUAAAAUGCCUUGCAUAGAAUGGGGACUCUCCAGAUCUGGUCUUUUAGAGCUACUGUUCUAUACUGGGUAUGUCAAUUUCAUUGAACUGAACUGCACAAUUUUUUUUUGUUUCUUUGUUUUAAUGUGCAGUGGUUUCCUCUAGCUACAGGCAAUUGUGUCUGUAAGAAAAUAUAUAUACAUAUUUAUAUAUAUAUAUAAAUUAUAUAUUAUAUAUAAAUAUAUAUAUAUAGUGGCCUAACGUGGAAUGUUUACCCCACAAACUGGUUAGUGCUCAGUUAGCAAUUUGGAAUUAGAUCUAGUAGGGAAUAGGGAAGGGUUGCUGGAAGACGGGGAUCUGUUUUGUCUCUCAUUUUCACAAAUAGAAUAUACUUAAGCCACCAAAAAGAGUGAAUUCCCUCAUAUCACUCUUUAAAAAAGGUUGUAGGGUAGAGCAGCUUAAAUAAGUCACUGACUGCUCUGUAUGUUCUGAAGAUCAGUGACUAGUUUACAGGUUGAUUUGUAUUUAAUCUGGUAGCCAGUAUGGCCAGUGAAGGAAGCCUUUGCCUAUAUUGCAGAUUGGUGAUGAAUUCAAUCCACCAUUCUAAAGUUCAAUAUGGAAAAGCCAUUCUGUGUUGUACUCAAGGCUUUGAAAUCAGCAGUGGAAUUUCCAGCUGCAUAUUCUGUUUCCUAAGGAAGUAUUCUCCUGUCAUCGCUAUGUGGGAGAAACCAGACAAUUUUCUUUGUGUUUGCCAUGAAGAGUUUCAAACAAACAUGGACUUCAGCUGCUGCCACGCUAUGCACUUUCUUCCCUUCUAAAAUCCUAGCAUAGCAUUUGAUGGACAUUCUGAUUGAUAUACAAGAUGCUGUUUUUCUCCUGUUAAUCUUUCUUUAGCCCUGAUACACGUGCACAGUUGAUUUCAAGGUAUCUCUUGAGCAAACACUACUCAAGUUCAUGUGGAUUAUGGACAAUGUUCACUUUAAAAAGUGUGGGGGGUUGUUCCUUUGCAAUAUCUGUUCUGUGAGGUUUGUUAAACGUAAAGAAAGCUUCAGUUCUUGUAAUCUUAAAGAAAUCUUAUUUAACCUUUUUUGUGUUCUAGAUUUACUUACACAUGUAGCUUAGAGCUCAGUUUUAGUUUAACAUUGUGAAAUAUUAAAAAUGAUUGUAAUUCUUUUUCCUCCUGCUUAAAAGAAACAAAACCAUUAAACAGAUCAGAUUAAAAGUUGAAUUCUUCUCUUGAGUUUUGCAACAGGUAUGUUCCUCAGUUCAGUGGCUGCUAUAUGUCUUAGGUUUUUUUUAAAAAAAAUUGACUGUGAAGUUUAAAAGAAUAACAAAUAUUUCAUUACUGGUCUGUAGCCUUCAAAUUAAGGCAUAUCCUAAAUGCUAGAUUUAAGUGGCUAUUUCUGGCUGAGAAAUCUAAGUCAGAAAAAAAGCUAAAACUGUUUUUCCUUUCCAUAAGAACAAUAUAUUUAACUUUGACAUUUUAUACCUUUGUGAAAAAGAAUCUCAAGAGUAUCAAAAGAUUUCUCAAAAUGUUUAUACCCAGGAACAAAGAUCAGUCUAUGAACUGGUAUCAUUGUUCUGCCAUAAAUAUUUGUGUCUUCUAUAGUAGAUGUUCCUUAAUUCACUUUAAGAUCCUUGUCUAAUUUUUCAUUUUAUUCAUGAAUUAGUUUAGUUUUCAGUAUAUAUAUCUGAAAGAAUUGCAUAACAAAACUCGGCAAACAAAAAUCCAAGCUUUUAAAAACUACAGCAAAUAUAACUAAGGGAAGAAAUUAAAUAUUUUACAUUGGAUAUUAAAAUCCAGCAGAUGCUAAACUUAAUUCCUUUGAUUUAUUGUUCAAUUUUGAACUAUCUGGUACAAAAAAAAUUAAACGAGUGGGAUAUAUAUGUGCACUUUGAUCUACUUCUUACAUAUAGUGUGAACUUAUAAAAAGAACUUACUGCACUUUUUAAUAUUUGUGGUCUAGCAACAAAUAUUAGAUAUUAUGAGAAUGCUCUAUGAAUUCCCCUCAUUACUCAUUAACAUUACAUUUAGCUUUGAUAAUAUUUUAAUUCAUGCAGUUCUAUGUUUAUAGACCUCACUUAAAUAUAAUGUUGAACUGUUCUGCUAAGACAUUGCAUGCUCCUUGGAGACUUCUUUUCUGCAGAAUUAGAUGGAAUUUCAUAUUAUGAACAUAUCACAAUUGUCACCAAAGGUUUACCACAAAACUGGAGGAUCAUUCAACCAUGUGUCGAGUUCUAUCAAAAUGAAAUGAACUCUUACCAUAUUCUUUUUGUAUUCUUAGGUACAUUUCAAGACUGUUUUGACAGCUGUUGCAAUUCAAGUCCCAGUAAAGAAGCAGCAGAAAAUAACCACUUUUUAAAAACUGGUUAAAUUAUCAAGGGAAAAACAUUUUUCAAGUGACAUAGAAAUCGUAGAGAUACAAAACAAAAAGCUAGUACUAGAAAUCAGCAUUGUAUUAAAAAUUUAAAUUGUUUUAAUAAAAUAAUAUAUAAUAGUCUUUAAAUUUUUUUUCCAAAAUAAAAUACAAAACUAUUUUUUUUACAGGAAUAAAUAAAAAAAACCCCAAAAGACAACAUAUUAAAAGAAAAAUACAUUAAGAAACACAAACACAUAAACAUAUAAAUUUCUGUUUAAUUUUUCUCAACUGCAUGCUGUACAGGUUUUGCUACACUGAAGAUUUAAAAGAACACAAGAAGUGUGUACAGAAGUAGAUUAUAUUUUUCUGGGGUGGGUUGUUUUUUUUUUUUACUCAAGACUGCUUGGUUUUUCUAGACUAACUGUGGGCUGAGGGAAUUAUGAACUAUUUCCUAAUAUUUCCAUUUUAAAUUAUACAUGAAAUUGAUUAAGACAUGAAAGAAAUUUUUCAAUAUUUGGAAACAUUCCAAAUCAAGAAAUAAACAUGAAAGGUUUGGAAAGCUUGUCUCAAUGCAGAUAGAUCCUCAGUUUUUACAAAUUCAUUAAAAUAAUAUACUAUGAUGAAAAAGGAUCAGAAGGAAUAGAAAGUGCUUCUGGUGAUAGUAUUUCCAAUUCAGAUCUACUGGCACUAUUAGUAAAUGUUCCAUGUGUAACAAAGGGUAUAUCUCUUUUAUUGACACCCCGCCCCCAAAUUAGUAUUUUCUCUAUCUUUGAUGCCAGGCACAACAAAAAUUUGAAUUUAUCACUUACUAUUUUUAGUGUUAUCCCUCUUCAGUUUUAUUAUUUUUUUUGCAUGUCUACUUUUUAAAAAAUUGUCAGAAAUAUGAUGAUGGUACAUUCCCUAGGGGAAUUCACUUGGUGGUCCCUGAGCUUGGUGGUUUUCUUGCAACUUUCCAUUACCCAUCAGUGCUAACAUCAUCAGGAUUAGCACUUAUGAUAUUAUCUAGUUUGGAUAAUGUCUGCAAGACCACCAAGGAUCCCUAAUUUCAACCCUGAGCUACAAAUAUUCUCCUUUAUUGGUAUGUUCCUUAGUCUGUUUGCAGUAAAAAUAAAUCUCAUUUAAAAGUAUGUUUAAUUGAAACACUUUAUGUCAAACAUAAUUUACAUAAGCAAACCAAGCUAACAUAAACAUGAUACUUUACAAAUAAGUACAAUGACUUCUAUCUUUAAAAACAGUUUAAAAUUAAAUACAGACUGUACAUCAAGGUUUCCCAAUAUUUGUCUCCCCGCAAAAAGUCUCCUGUUUUCUGAUCUUGUAUCUAAGUUUCUAGGUAUUUUAUUCCCCUAAAUCUAAUAAACCUGGGAGGAUUGAAUUUGGUUAAGAUUGCUCAAAUGCAACUAUCAGUGAAGGCAAAUAUAAGUGUCCCAAAAUAAUGUUGCAGGAUCCAAUUUGGGUGGGACACAGGACCAGAUAUUUAGUCGUGCAAGCUUUGGACUCAUGCUGGAACCCAUCCUCAUGAGUGACUGACCCAGACUGGAUCUUGUAACAAUUAUCAGUGCCUUUUUAUUGCUUUUUCAUCUAUCUGAGCUUUUAUUCCUAAAAGCAUAAAAACUAUUUUAUAAAUGAAAAUCAACCUGCCUAAUUUACAUAUUUUAAUUAUGUAAUAAAAGAAGAGUGAAGGGGGAAAUAUUUGUAUUAUUUAGGCCUCUGUCUGAAGAAUUAGGCCCCUUGAUUGUCCUUGCUUAUGUUGGAACCAUUAUUGUAUUUUGUGGUUUGACUACUUUGUGAUUUGACUUUGAAAUGCAUCUUGCAAGCUGCUCCUAUUUCUGUGUUAUUGAAAUUUAGAGUGAAGAGGGCAAAUUACCUUUAAACAGGUAUUGACUUUCAAAAGGACCAGUUGUUAGCAAAGUAUUCUAACCCACUGUAGACCUUGUGUUUUUUAUUGUUUCAAGAGAUAAUGGACAUGAAGUUAAUAGACAAAUCAAUGAUUGUAAAUUAUAAAAUGUUGGUAUAUGCCAUCCUACAUAUUGUCUGAAUCUCCUAUUAAGGUACCAGGGAUUUAAUAUACUUCAUCAGUAUAUCUAGGUUGGCUACUGAAUGGUUGUAAAAUAUGGCCUGCCUUAUUUCAAAUCUCAUCCUGGGAUUCACCAUUAUCCUUUUCACAUUCUGACAGAGCAUUCUAUCUAAUGAACCAAAGAUAAUAAGCAAUUAAACUGUGUUUUUAUAACCUUUGCCCUGAUGUCAGUGUACCUGUAAUGAAGCUCAAUUUAAUCAGCCAUAUGUCCAUGUACGUGUUCUAUUUCCUAAAUAUACAAUUUCAUUUGGAUGUGGGUGCAAUAUCUGUUUGUUUAAAUGCACUGGUAACAUGUCAGACAGAUCGUUGCAUAAAUGUCUGACAUGCUGGAUUUGAACAUAAUGCCUUUAAACAAGAUUCAAGUUAUUCUCAUAUGUCUACAUAGUUAAAUGUUGUGUUAUUACAUGCUUUUUUACUUUUGAAUUGACCCUUUUAAGUGGUUACUACUUCAGGAUAUGGAUAUGUUGAAAUACUUUCACUAAUGCAACUGAUGUUAUUUUUUUUGAAAAGCUCUUCACUACAGUCCCAAAGGUGUUUUUUCAAGAGCAAUUGGACUUUCUGGUUUUUCUUUGAAGAUGUUUCGCUUCUCAUCCAAUAAGCUUCUUCAGCUCUGAGUGGAAUCCUUCCAUUCCCCACCAUUCAUUCAGAGCUGAAGAAGCUUCUUGGAUGAGAAGUGAAAUAUCUUCAAAAAAAUUCAGAAAGUCCAGUUGCCUCUUGAAAAAGCACCUUUGGGAUGACCAUGACCGGGAUGACUGAGAAUCUCCACAGACUUUUUACUACAGUCUGAUAGUCAAGUGAAAGAUGUUGCUCAAACAUUUGUUAGUUGCAAAGCACAACUAACCUGGCUUGAGUUUUGAAAAGUAAUGACUGUCAACAAGAUGACUUCUUGAACUAAGGACACCAGAGUGACUGAAACAUGAAUCAAACAAGGAUGUUAUUUAAGCAUUAGCUGAAUUAAAAGCAGCUGUUUCCUUUUAUAUUUAAUGGGCUUAAUUGUUUUCUGAAUGGUUAAAUUUGCAUACUGCUUUUGUCUGUGGAAUAUUGCAUGGGAGCCAAAAUUUUGAUGUCUUAAUACUGAUUUCAAAACAAAAUUUGGACAAGAAAUUUGGUAUUUUUUUUUAACCAGUGGAAUUCUGGUUAAAUUAGUGAAUUAGUAGAAGUCAGAAUUAUAUGAAAUAAUGAGUUGAUUGCUAUGGAAGAAAUACUACAUGGAGCUAAAUAAACAUGGGCAUAAUUGGAGCAGGCUUUAAUCUGCAUGUCAGCUUUACCCAACUUGCAGUGGCACUUUAAGAUAUGGCAACUCCCAGAAUUCUUAACAUCCAGAUGGGAAAUACUGCCUUACAUAUAAAAUGUGGUGUAUAUUGAAUUAGGAAAAUAAAGAUGUUGGGAUAUCUAUAGUUAGAAACAGGAUUUAUCAGGAAGAGUUUGAAAGGUAUGAGCUAGCUGAUACUUACUAAAAUAAAAAUCUUGCUGCACUCUUUCCCUUCUUUAAAAUUUAACAAUCCUUAGUGUUGGGGCUAUUUUAUUACAAAUAAUUUUCUAUGAAAAUUUUUGUUUCUUUAAUCUGAUUCUCUGUAUAUCAGGUGUGUCAAACUUGUGGCCGGCAAGCCGGAUGCGUCAUGUGCUGACCACGCCCACCCCACCCCCCAGUUUAGCGAGUGAACCUGUCCUUGUAAUUACAAGUUUCCACCUUAAUCGGUUUUAAAGAAAGCUUAUCAUUAUGAGCAACCCCACAAAAGAAUUUAUCAUGAUUUAAACAUAAAAAUCCUAGUUUAAGGGCUCACUUUGGCAUAUUUCGCUGUAACCCAUACUAGAGGUUGCAUUCUAAUAACUUGCUACACAAGCUCUUACUGAAGGCAAAAGGGCUUAUUUGUAAGAACACAACAAUUAUCUAGAAAGUUUCAGCAAUUUGGAGUUCUGCAGCAGGAACAGAACCAUAUAGUUAAGGCUAUAUUGACUGAUUACCCCAACACAACUGGAAUAGACAACCUUAUAGCUGGGUGCUGAGAAGCCCUUCAGUCGCUCAUGAAAUUUAUUCUCAAUUGCUUCUCAUUUUCUCAUUCUCAUAUAUAAUUUCUCUAUGUAAAAUGAAAAAAAGUAAAAAUUAGGAUACAAAGCCACUUUCUCUCAUUGGAAUGACCUGGCAAAGACCGCUGCAGAAGGGCCUAAUCAAAGGGCAAUUAGGAGACUGCUCAUUAGUAAUCCCCUUGCUAUUUUUCAGAGGAAGUAUUAAUGGAGGCAUGACUAGAAAGCGGAAAGCCUUUGAUACAGAAUGGGAUUAAUUUAUGAGUAGCACUGUGAGAAACUGCAGGGAAGGGCACUGUUGAAUAAUACCUGAAAGGGCCAGGUAUUAGUCAGGACUUAUUCUCCCCAUCACAUUCCUGUUUGCAUAUCACUCAUAAAAUAAGCCUGAUCUGUAGGUGUUUGACCACGAAGUUCACAUUCUUCCCCACUAUUCAUGCCAGCUGUGCUUGUGAUUUGUUAGAAUAAUUUCUCAGCCAAAAGAUUUAUAUGAGCUAUUGAUGCAUAGUACUGUUAUCUCUACUAUUGGGAUCAAUGACAGCCCAGUUCAAAGCCAGACAUUUACGUGGCCAACAGGAGUCAUGUAGCACUUGAAGGACAUCUAUGAUAUGGUUGUCCAAAGCAGCAAGAUUUUGUAAGGCACAAUGGGAAAAACAACUAUUGUUCGCUAACAGUAGUGACAAACUUAUUUCCAUAAGAAGGAGAAUAUGUGAUGGAGUCAUUGUUAUGAUCCUAAGCAGUUCUUCGUCUCAUUUGUAUCUGGACAGAAGAUUCCCUUGAAAAUAGCAAUAGCAAAAGCAAUAGCACUUAAGACUUGUAUACCACUUCAUAGUGGUUUAACAUCCCUCUCUUAAGCUUACACAAUCAGCAUAUUGCCACCAACAAGAUAGAAUAGAAUAGAUUUUUUUUUUAAUUGGCCAAAUUUCUCCAUUUUCUACACUUAACAUUAUAUGAAAAAUAUAAUGUCAUUUCAAAAUUAUAAUCGAAAACAGAAUAGAAUAGAAUUUUUUAUUGGCCAAGUGUGAUUGGACACACAAGAAAUUUGUCUUGGUGCAUAUGCUCCCAGUGUACAUAACAGAAAAGAUGCAUUCAUCAAGAAUCAUAAAAUACAACACUUAAUGAUAGUCAGAGGGUACAAAUAAGCAAUCAGGAAAAAAUCAAUAUCAAUAUAAAUUGUAAGGAUACAAGCAACAAAAUUACAGUCAUACAGUCAUAAGUGGAAGGAGAUGGGUGAUGGGAACAAUGAGAAGAUUAAUAAUAGUGCAGACUUAGUGAACAGUUUGACAGUGUUGAGGGAAUUAUUUGUUUAGCAGAGUGAUGGCGUUCAAGGAAAAAACUCUUCUUGUGUCUAGUUGUUCUGUGUGCAGUGCUCUAUAGCAUCAUGUUGAGGGUAAGAGUUGAAACAGUUUAUGUCCAGGAUGUGAGGGGUCUGUAAAUAUUUUAACAGCUCUCUUUUUCACUCGUGCAGUAGGUCCUCAUAUUACCGAUCUCGGAAGGAUGGAAGGAUGAGUCUAUAAUGGAAGAAAAAAUAAUCAAAUAACUUAUUUCAAAAAAUAUGAAUUCAGCACAGAUAGCAAUGAUGGCGGUAAAAACCAGAGUUCAUACCACAGUUCUAUUUGUGAAUAAAUCAUUUGUGAAUGCCUAGAACUAUAACAAACAGGUUUGCUAAUCCAAGGCUACAUAUGCCAGUUUCCUUGAUGAACGGUGACAAUCUGUUAAAGAUGUGCUUGGUUGCAAACCUGAAACAUGGAACAGCAAAGACAUUCUUCCCCUUUUGUCAGGCUAACUAAUGAGCCAUCUAAAAGGUGUCAGUAGCAUUAUUAGUUACCUGCUUCCUAAACAGGACUGGAACUGAAUAUCUGGAAAACUUGCUGAGAAUUUGAUGGACCAAUGUAACUAUUUAGGGCAGAGUGGGACAUCCUUUCUUGACCCAUGCUCCACGUUAGCAGUCCAGGGGGCAUAUGUAUGUACAGGUAGUCCUCAACUUACAACUUUUCAUUUAGUGACUGUUCAGAGUUACAACAGCUCUGAAAAAAGUGACAUGACCAUUUUUCACACAUAUAAUCAAAAUUUUGAGGCUUAACAACUGUUUUUUUUUUAAUUUGCAUUUAUAUCCCACCCUUCUCCGAAGACUCAGGGCGGCUUACACUAUGUUAGCAAUAGUCUUCAUCCUAUUUGUAUAUUUAUAUACAAAGUCAACUUAUUGCCCCCAACAAUCUGGGUCCUCAUUUUACCUACCUUAUAAAGGAUGGAAGGCUGAGUCAGCCUUGGGCCUGGUGGGACUAGAACCUGCAGUAAUUGCAAGCAGCUGCUGUUAAUAACAGACUGCAUUAGCAGUCUGAGCCACAGAGGCCCAGAUGUUUCAUACUUAGGAGGGUUGCAUUGUCCUGGGUGUCAGCCCCAAGGCAGAGUCAUGUAAUCAACUUUUGCGGCUUCUGACAAGCAAAGUCAAUGGGGAAGCCAGAUUUACCUAACAACUAUGUUACUAACUUUACAGCUGCAGUGAUUCACUUGACAUAUUUUCACUUAUCACACUUUACGAAAGGUCGUAAAAUUGUGCAAAAUUCACUUAACAAAUGUCUUGCUUAGCAACAUAAAGUUUGAGCUCAAUUGUGGUUGUUGAGGACUACCUAUAUACCUAUGGAUCCUUAUUAGUAUGUAAUGGUGGACAUCCAUAUAUUAUUUCCAUAUGGUCCCCAAUAUACAAUCUGUCAGCAGGUUUGACAGAUCUGUCAGCAGAAACUAUGAUGAAAUUUCUAGUUCAGGGAUCCAAAAAGACUACCAAAUAGUUCAUGGAUAAAUUAUAAGUGGUGGUUGCACAUACAAUGGAACACAAGGAUGUCCUCGGAGGAUUGUGUGUAACCAUCAAUUGAUAGAACAUUUAUAGAGUACUUUGUCAACAUGAAACAAUGUCAAUUGUCAUCAAUGGAGCCUACCACUCAAUGUGAACCCUGAAAGUCCUGUGGGGGAGGGGUAGGAAGUUUCACCAGGUACUUUAUCGAGUUUCAAUGACUGAAUAAUAAGUUAAAUUUGUGUCAUUGAUAAUUGGUAGCCAAGGAGAAGGUUAUUAGAGGUCAGAAACUCGAGAUUAUUGUCUUUUCUAGUUGAUCCUGCUUGGCAUUGGAAGUAAAUUAGUGUAAAAGUCUUCCCAGACUAUAGCUCAGAUGGGGUUAUCAAGUAGUAACUUAUCCUCUUUCAGCAUACCAGAUAUGACUUUGCAAGAUAUGAUUGAUUUGGACCCUUUUGCUGACUUUUCUACCUCAGGCCAAACUAUAGCUGUAUACUGAGACUUCUUGGAGGCUAUUACUUUCUUGUAGUUGCAUCUAAGCUUUUAGCAUCUUGGUAUAGUUGUUUGAUGUAGGGUUUUUCUUUGAACUGAUGCAUAGCUGCUUUUAGGGUCUUUCUUGAGUAAGAGCAAUCAAGAUCAGGCCAAGUAGAUCUCAUGGACUGUUGGUUCCUAAGCUAACAAAUCUUCUGUGAAAAAGUCAUUUCGUAUGUAAUACAAAUUGGCAUACCUGGUAAAAGCUCUGUUUAUGUUUUGAGUCAGGGCUGGUUCCGCUUAGAGUUCAUAAAGCUAGCAAUUGCCUUAGUGUUCAGCUUAGAGCAUUUGGCUUCUUCGCUUGCCUCACUUUAGGUUAGCAAGUGUAGCCUCUCUCGUAUGACCUAUUAGGUGGCCUUAAAUCAGAACUGCGGUAAAAGUUAGUUCCAGUCAAUUGAUAGUCAUUAUUUUCCUUCACAUGAAGGUCUGAGAUUAAGUCAGUUUUGUCUGUUGAGACACGUAUGUAAUCCAGGACACUACUACCAGUAGCAUUCCUAGAAUGGAAAGUAAAGAGAUAUAUGAAUCAGCUGUCUUUGCCUCCAAGGAUAUGAAGACUGCAUGUAUAAGUCAAAGGGAUCAGUUUAGAAUUCACCAUAUUCCUUUUGGUGUCUCAGGAGCCACAGUCCUCAGGUAAUAGUCCUCAGGUGUGAGGCCCUAGUGGCCAUAAUUAGGCAAAGAGUCCUACCCUACCAUUAAAGUCUCCCUAUAGAAUCACAGUGCCUUUAGAUUGUAUUAUAUUGAUCUCUAUGAUUGUCUUUUCUAAUUGCAUCCAAAUGUCAGGGGAAAAGCAGGAAUAUGGAGAUAGGUAUACAACUUCAAGUAAUUUAUCUUUAAAUUUGAAAUAAUUCGAUGGGUGUUCUUUGCAUCUGUGCCUUGUUAGCUAAUCCUUAAAUUCUGAAACUAUUUAUUGAAACUGGUGAUUAUUAUAUUAUUGUUGUAUUGUUUUGCAGCUUAAUUUUUAUGAUGGCGCUCUUGUUUAUGUUAUAUAUUGGCAAUUGUGAUUUUUUUUUUAAAUGGCUUUAUCUAACUUACAUAAUAUGUAAGUGUAAUGUUUGGUAUAGGACAAAGUUAUUUUAAAAAAUUAAAGGUAGCAUGGAGGAAUGUAAAUAUGAUUCCUGAAUUUGGAAAAUGUGAAUUCUAUGAGCGUCACCUACAAAUUGAUUGUACAUCAUGAAACAUACAGAUAUGGGAAAAUCCACAGCGGAGAUAUUUAAGUGAAAUACAAAUGAGGUAAGUUUCAGUUAAUUAGAACUCUCCCCUUUGUAACCAUGUUCAAACAGACCGAAAAGCUCAUUUGUGUGUUUUGCUUUGCUUUGCAUUUUUCCCCGUUCUUUGCUCCUGGCUCCGACUUGACAUUGCUCCAGGGCCUGUAAAAUUAAACUGUUUCAAAGGGGAAUUCUUUCUGUGCCUUUGUUAAGCAAAGAGAUGUUUGUUUUCUUGUAAAUCAAAGACCUGAGGGAAGCAGAACUAUCAUGCUGUUUGGGAGAAAAAACAAACACAAAUUGCAUUAUGUUUGCACACUUGCACAACAUCACCCAAUAUCCCACAGAAUGAGACAGGCUUGCUUGGAAUCACAAUGCCCCCAUCUGGCUUUCCUUGCUUUUUAUCUAUGGUCUCUGUCUCUAGUGGGGACCAUGUUAAAGAUGAUUAUUUUACAGUAUUAUCAUUCGACCAUAGAUGUUUUUUCUUCCUCUUCUUGGAUGGGCUUGUGUGGAGGGAGGGAAGGAGGGAGAAUCUAAAGUGAUUGCACAGUUUUUCCCCAUUUGAAGAAUUAAUUGCCUCAGGAAAUAUUUUCUACAGCCAACUGUCAAAGCAGAAGAUCAAUCUAAUGAGGGCUACCUAGUCAGCACAAGUGGAUUCUCCUGGUUUCUGCCAAAUCAGGCAGUAGGAAAUGCACAGAUGACCAUGCUAGAAAAAUGGAUGAGUGGACAAUCUGCAGUCAGGGAACAAUCUUGCUAUGUCAGCUAUUAUUUGUAUCUCAAGCCUAAAUUCUGUAAGAGUUUCCCCUGCAUUACUAAAUUUCAUGGCAGAAGAAAUAUUUCUUUUUUUAACAUAAUUUUAAUUUUAAAAAGUAUUAAAACUUGCGUCAUGAAGAUAAAGCUAACACAAUUUAUCUUUAAUAAACAGAUACAAUAUAUAAAAAAUUAAAAAUGCAGAGAAAUAAGACAUAUCCCAUUUCAUCCCUAGCAAGUUUAAUCAACACUGAGAUUAUCACCAUCUUUUAAAAUAUUUUAUUUCCUUCUUUAUAAAUAUUACAAAUGUAGCUAAUAAAUCCAGUUUGAUUAUUUACUAUUUAAACAAACCCCCCUAUCUUCUCUCUUCAAAUAAACAAAGCCUUUAAAAUAUUGUCAUCCAGUCCUAGUAAAGAAAAAUCCAUUAAAACAUUAUCCAAGAUGGCAAGCCAUUUAUUUUAACCUUGAUCAAAUUAACAAUUUUAUGUUCUUCCUCUUUCUCCCAAGAAUCUUUAGUCACCUCAAUCAAUGUUCCAACAUAUGAUUACAACUCAUACUCUUCUUACCUCUUAUCCCAAAAUUGUUGGCAUCCCUUACAAGCCCCUUUUGUAGUUCUAGUAUAAAAUGUUAUCCACAUCAUGGUUCAUUGACAACUUCAACAAUUUCCUGUUGUAAAUCCAAAGUAAAAAGGUAUCCACAUCACACUAUCCAUAAAUAUCAGUAUUUGUGUGUCUUUUUCAAUUGCUAUAUCAAUAACUGGGUUCAUUUGUAAAUCCAAUAUUUUGUGGGGGUUUUAUAUCCAUUAUUUCAUCUUUUUCUUAUACAGGCUGUCUUCUUUAAAUCCACCUUCAAAUUAAUUUCAGUUUUAUUCAAUAGAAAUUGUUCCUUUUAUGAAUCAACUUUUUCUAUCAUAACAUAUAACUUUAAGAUUAUUUUCUGGACCUAAUAGUCAUAAAUUUCUCAUUACAAAUUUAUUGAUAUGUUUAUUUUCUUGUGAUGUGCUGUAGUGACUAAUCUUCAAAGUUGUCUAAUCAGUUCCAAAUAUAAGUAUAGAAAGUUUUACAUGGGAAGGAUUUUGAUAGUUGAUGUUCUAAUUCAAGCCCAUCUGGACUCUUUAACUCUUUAAAAUUUUGUAAAAUCAGCCUGUAAAUCUGUAUGUUUUUCUGUAUAUUGCAAAAUAAAAAUGUUUGUAAAACUU